CACUAAAUGAAACUGCCGGUGUACCUAAAAAUUGCAAUACUACUUGUAACUUGUUCUCAAAAUUGUCUUAAAAUUUCUAAUGAGUUUUAUGUUUGCAAAGUUUUUAAUAUGGAAGUGUCUCAAGAUUUUUACGGAACUUCUAAACAUUCAGCGGGUGGACUUCAAAUAACAAUUACCGAGUGGACUGUUUAUGUAGUUCUUUCUUUUAUUGUGGUAUUAUGGUGUUAUUUCAAAUGGAAACAAAGACCAUUCGAAAAAGUAGCAUCGAAAAUGACUGGACCGCCGUCAUACCCGAUUAUUGGCUUUUUGCUUGAGAUUUUAGGUACACCACAACAGAUCAUUGAGAAUAUAAUAAAAUUGUUCGAAGUGUAUGGUCCUGAACCACAUAAAUUGUGGUUAGGUCCAUAUUUUGCCGUAACCAUAGGCAAGCCAGAAGACCUACAAAUAAUAUUAAACAGUUCCAAAGCCUUGGAUAAAUCCAAGUUUUACAAUUUCUUUAAGAAUACUGUAGGUGAAGGCUUGUUUUCAGCUCCAGUUCAUAAAUGGCGACAACACCGUCGUCUUAUUGCUCCCGUCUUCAACGCCAAUCUUCUUGAUCAGUUUUUUCCUGUUUUUAACGAGAAAAGCCGAAUUCUCAUUGAAAAUUUAAAGAAGGAAUUAGGUAAAACACAACCAUUUGAUCUUUCGGACUACAUUAUGAAAACUAAUCUUGAUAUAAUUUGUCAAACCGCAAUGGGUUACAAUCUUGACUCUCAAUCAAAUAAAGAGUCUGAGUUUGCUGAAGCAUUAAUAAAGGUAUCGGAAUUAGAUUCCUACAGAGUUUUAAAACCAUGGUUGUAUCCUGAUAUAACAUUUUCAAUUUAUAGAAAACUUAUAGGGCUACAAAAUAUCUACAAAACGUUGCACAAACUUCCAAAUCAGGUGAUCAGAGAAAUGAAAGAAACAUAUACACAAAGAAAAAUGCAAAAUAAAAAUAACGAUAUAGAUGCCAACAAUGGUGACAAAAGGCGUUUAAAAGUUUUUUUGGAUACGUUAUUGGAUUUGAAUGAAGCUAGUGCAAACUUUUCUGAUGAAGAAAUUAGAGAUGAAGUUGUGACUAUGAUGAUUGGUGGUAGUGAAACUAGUACUAUCACAGUCUGCUUUUGUCUAUUGAUGUUAGCUAUCCAUCCAGAAAUUCAAGACAAGGUUUACGAUGAAAUUUUUGAAGUUUUAGGUGAUGGUAAUCAAACAAUAACUAUUGAAGAUACUACUAAACUAGUUUAUCUCGAUCAAUGUAUAAGGGAAACACUUCGAUUAUACCCUAUAGGACCGAUUUUUUUCAGACAACUCCAAGGUGAUGUUAAAAUUUAUUCUGGUAAUCACACGCUGCCAAAAGGAACAAUAUGUGUUUUAUCUCCAAUAUGUACGCACCACAUUCCUGAAUUGUAUCCAAAUCCAUGGUCGUAUAACCCGGAUAAUUUCGACGCUGAAAAUGUUAAUAAACGCCAUAAAUAUAGUUUUAUAGCGUUCAGUGGUGGUCCAAGAGGUUGUUUAGGAUCCAAAUAUGCUAUGCUGUCAAUGAAAGUUUUAUUAUCAACGUUUUUGCGAAACUAUAGUGUGCACACAAAUAUAAAAUUGAAUGAUAUUAAAUUAAAAACAGAUUUAUUAAUGCGAAGUGCUAAUGGUUAUCCUGUGACUAUUCAACAGAGAGAUAGAAGACCUACAUAUAAAAAACUUUAAGAAUACUGGAUGAACAAUUUUUGAUAGAUAAUAGUAUAUAUUAUCAAAGAAAAAAAAACAAGAUUAAGCUUAUGAGUAGUUUGUAAAUUAUUUUAUAAAAUAAGUGUGUUAAAUUUUAUUUUCAUUUCCGGUUCGUACUGUCAUUGAUUAUAAAUAAAAUUGUAUUGUGUAUUGUAUUUAUAAUCAAUGGUUAUUGUGCACGAUACACAUCUUUUUAUUUUACUCCACUAAAUUCGUCAUCUUUCUCGUUCGUCGCAACCGAUUAUGUAAAAGUUAGUAUAUAAUAAUAUGUAUUGCUUAUGUUUUAUAUAAUAUAAAUAUAUUUAAUCUAAAUACAUAA